AUGACGAAUGCAUUUCAAGUUGAAAAGCAAAAUCCAAGAUCACGAAUCCAAUAUGACAGAAUGCAAAAACAUUGGGUUAACUGUUAUUUCCGACUGCUUUUAAAAGCCAUAAAAGUGGAAAAGUUGUUGUUACCGAUUGAAAACAGUUUUGAGAGAAGGAGGGAGCAGAUCUGCUCCCUCCUCCUCUCCCCUUUCUCUUCUACUCCCCGCCCCUACCCUCCCCCUCCUAGGGGUGAGCAUAUUCACCGAGUGCCGAGUUUUGACCGAGUGCCGACCGAGUUCCGACCGAGACCGACCGGCACCGACGAACAGACGGACGGAAGGCGGCAGGGAUUUCCUUCUUCCGAAAUAUUUCGGUCGGCAGGCGGUAUGGAUUUUCUGGAAGCUCUCAUCUCUUCGUCUCCUCUCCGCGGCUCCGCCGAAGGUCACUGUCCCCUCCUCUCAUCUCUUCGCCUCCUCUCCGCUACUCCGCCUUUUAGCCAUCGAAGGUCGCUGUCUGUCUUGGGUCCCCGACGUCGGUCGUCUUCUCAGUUCACCAUUUCUCCCAACGAAAACGAGUCUGCUGCUGUUGCUGCUGCUUCUGCAAAGUCUUUACCUGCAAGGUCUUCACCUGCUGCUGCUUCUGCAAAGUCUUUACCUGCAAGGUCUUCACCUGCUGCUGUUGCGGCGGUACCCGUACCUUCACCGGCACCGACUACAUCAGGUGGUGCUUCUCAUACUCCAUCUCUUGAUAUUCCAAUUACUCCCAUGGAAGUUGAAGAUGUUGCAUAUGAGUCUGGGGAGGUUCAUAGAAGUAGUGAUGUAAGGGAUGAUAGUUCUGUAGGAACUGGGAGGGGUCAUGGGAGUCGUGGGAGUCGUGGGGGUCGUCCACCACAACCUAGGAAACCAAAAAAUAUGUCCAAACCAUCUGCAGCUUGGGAACAUUUCACUAGGGAUGAGAGUUCUUCCCAAGAUGACCCUAUGGCCCAUUGUAAUUAUUGUGGGUCUGCUUACAAGUGUCACCCUAAAAUUAAUGGGACCUCCUCCAUGCUUUACCAUGUCAAUAAUUGCCCAAAGUAUAAGAUCCAUAAGACUAGACAAGAUAAGAGUCAACAAAUGUUUACCUUUGAGGCUAAGAAGGGGGAGGGUAAUGCAUUGAUGAUUGUAAAGUAUGAUGAGAAAAAAAUAAGGGCUGCACUUACUGAAAUGGUUAUUGAGGAUGAGUUACCUUUUAUGUUUGUGGAUGGAAAUGGGUUUAAGAAGUUCAUGAAAGUAGUUGAGCCUCGCUUCAACAUUCCUUCUCGCUUUACAACGAUGAAGGAUUGUGUGAAAGCGUAUUUAAGGACUAAGAGUGAUUUGAAGCAUAUGUUUAUGACAACUAAUCAAAGGGUUUGCUUGACCACCGACACAUGGACUUCUAUUCAAAAUAUGAAUUAUAUGUGUGUGACUGCACAUUUUAUUGACCAUAAAUGGACAUUGCAUAGAAGAUUGUUGUCAUUCCGUCAAGUGUCAGAUCAUAAGGGCAUCACAAUUGGGAGGGCAUUGGAGGAGUGUUUAGUAGAAUGGGGCAUUAGUAGGCUUUUGACAAUUACGGUUGACAAUGCCUCCGCCAAUGAUAAGGCACUAGAUUGGUUGAAACAACGAACAAUGUACGAUGAGGACACUAUUUGUUUUAAUGAAUUUCUUCACGUGAGAUGUAGUGCUCAUAUUCUUAAUCUAAUUGUGCAAAGGGGUUUAAAAGAUGCUCAUGACUCAAUUGAGAGGGUCCGAAAUGUGGUUAGGUAUGUGAAGUCCUCCCCCAAAAGACUAGAAAGGUUUAAGUCUUGUGCAGAUAGACAAAAGGUUGUUUGUCAGGCCUCCUUGGUCCUUGAUGUUCCCACUAGAUGGAACUCAACCUAUUUCAUGUUGGAGGUAGCAGAGAAGUAUAGAAGAGCAUUUGAGCUUUUGCAAGAGGAAGAUGGGCCUCUUAUGCGUUAUUUAAAUCGAACUGUUGGGGGAAGAAAGGGGUUGGGGCCUCCCAAGGAGGAUGAUUGGAACAAUGUUCGUCACUUUGUACAUUUUUUGAAGGUCUUUUAUGAUGUCACUAUGAAAAUUUCUGGUUCAUUGUAUUCAACUGCAAACUUGUUUUUCCAACAACUUUGUAGUGUUCGUAGGCAAGUGCUAAAUUAUGCUGGAAGUCUUGAUCCUUUGGUGAGUGCUAUGGCUAGGCAGAUGAAAGUAAAAUAUGACAAAUAUUGGGGGAACUUUGAGAAAAUAAACCGGUUGUUAUUUGUGGCUGUUGUUCUUGAUCCUCGAUACAAGCUGGUUGCUUUUGAAUAUUGGUGUCAAAUGAACCUUUCACAUGAACUAGCGAAAAAUCUUGUUGAUAAAUUGAAGGAGGACUUAAAUAAUAUAUUUGACCAAUAUGUGGGCACUAGGGGAAAUGUGCCAAUGAUGAGUGUCAAUGAUGAGGUACAAAGUCGAGAGGCUCCACAUUGUCAUGCUUCAACAUCAUCCGAGAACGUUUCAUUUGACGACGAUGCCGACUUCUUAAGUGAGUUUCAUUCAUUCCGAGCAUCAAGAAAUUUGAUGGAUUGUAAAACUGAGAUAGAGCAAUAUUGUUUGGAGGAUGUUGAAUCACUAAGUACAACCUUUGAUAUUUUGAAUUGGUGGAAAGUUAAUUCAACAAAGUUUCCGAUCCUCUCCAAGGUAGCGCGGGAUGUGUUGGCCAUUCCAGUGACCACAGUUGCCUCAGAAUCGGCAUUUAGCACCGGAGGUCGUGUGCUUGAUCCAUUUAGGAGUUCUUUGGCUCCAAAAACAAUUGAGGCACUUGUUUGUACUCAAAAUUGGUUGAGAUCUUCUCCCGUUAGUUUGCGUGACACAUUCUUGUCUAAGGUUGAUGAUGGCGAGAGCUACAAGCUGGAUUUAGAAAUUAUGUCCAAUACUAUUAAUGUUGACGAGGCCGAUUAA